AAACCCACGUUAGAACACGCCUUCUGUGUACAUUCCCAAUAUUUGCUAUAAGUAGGGCCAUCCCAGACCCAGGCUGCUACCAGAACCCGGCAGCACUCUUAGCACACUGGGUACCCAGCACUGGGCAGAUCUAUUCCCUGAGCUGAAAAUGAUGGACAGUGGCAAGAACUUGCUCUUGGCUGCUGUGAUGUCCGUGCUGCUACUCCACCUGUGCAGCAAGUCGGAAGCAGCAAGCAGCUUUGACUGCUGCCUUCGGUAUACAGAACGCAUCCUUCAUCCCAGAUUUAUCGUGGGCUUCACGCAGCAGCUGUCCAAUGAAGCCUGUGAUAUCAAUGCAAUCAUCUUUUACACAAAGAAAAAAUUCGCUGUGUGCGCAGAUCCAAAGAAGAACUGGGUGAAACAGGCUGUGCAUAUCCUCAGCCAAAGAGUCAAGAAGAUGUGAAAACUGAUGCUCUCUGCGAAGGAAUUGGACAGAGCCCAAGAACAAAAGAAUCUAGCUGGAGUUGGCAGUUGAGAGUUUAGCUCUUACCUGAUUGGUGCCUCCUUGGACUUGUCCAAUUGAUGAAGUUGAUACAUAUUGCAUCAUAGUUUGCUUUGUUAAGCAUCACGUUAGAGUCAAACUCUAUUUUAUGUUAUUUAUAUCUAUGUUUUUGUGUGUGUGUGUUGCUAUUUAAUACUAAUUUCCUAUAAGCUAUUUGGUUUAGUAUGAAUGUGUAGAGGAAUGAGGUUAUAUAGCCUUUCUUGUAAGCUGCAAGCUAUUUGUAAAAAAAACCUAUUUAACAUUCUUCUGUCUACAUAGUUUUGUUCCUUAAACUGUUGUAAUUAACCUGUAAAAGAGAAAAAUGAUGAUUAAAAAUAAAUAUUGAAAAUAAAAGAAUGAAAUAAAAA